ACCACUCAUAUUGUAUACAACUAUUAGCAUAGAUUGCAUAUAUAUGUUAGUAAAGCAAGAAUAAUUGAAAUAAGAAUAUGAGUCUUAAGCGUAAGUUAGAGGGUGAGAUCGAGAUAAGAGCUAGUGCAGGAGAUGUGUACCAUGAAAUAUAUGAGAGUAAACCUCAUCAUGUUUCCCAUGCUUCUCCUCAUUUCGUAGAAAGCUGUGAUUUGCAUGAGGGUGAGCUUGGUAAGCCUGGCUCCAUCAUUGUUUGGAACCACAAAAUAGAUGGAAAACCCCUUAGAGCAAAGAAUAUAAUUGAAGAGAUAGACAAGGAGAAGAAGUUGGUGAGGCAAAGAUGUUUCGAAGGUGAUUUGAUGAACGAGUAUAAGACCAUCACUGGAACAUGUCAAGUGAUACCUAAAGACAGUGAAACCUGCAUAGUGAAGUGGAUUUUCGAGUACGAGAAACUCCAUCCUGGUGUCCCUGAACCAACAGCUUUGCUCGAUAACUUGCUUGCCGCUGCCAAAGACAUCGAUGAUCAUCAUCACGGCAUAAAGAAGUAAAAAAAUGUAUAUGAUUUAGGGUGUUGUUAUGUUAUAAUUCACCCCUAGCUUUCGUGUGCUAUUUAUUGCUUCUAAUAUAUGUUGUUUCAUUGAGUAGCUAAACUAAAUAAGGCUUGUAUUAUCUGCAUGAAUGAGUAUGUAUCUAUGUAAAAGAUGUAUGAGCACAUCUUAGAAUACAUGAUGUGUAUGUAUUCUAAGAUGAUAUAUAUAAAAAAAAUUAAUUUGAGAUCGAAAA